CAUGAAAAAUGCUUUUCAUGAUACAGAGAAACACAAAGACAGUAAACUCAUCUGUCCUGAAGAUUAUGAAAAACAGAAAGUUACAGCUGAAACUGGAGACUCCAAAAGUCUGAAGAAAGCGAUCACCAUGGAUAAGAGUGAACUCGUGCAGAAAGCCAAACUGGCCGAACAGGCCGAGCGCUAUGACGACAUGGCGUCUGAGAUGAAGCAGGUGACGGAGAAGGGAGAAGAGCUCACGGACGAGGAGAGGAAUCUGCUCUCGGUGGCCUACAAGAACGUGGUGGGGGCGUGCCGUUCGGCAUGGAGGGUCAUCUCCAGCAUCGAGCAGAAGAUGAAGGCGGAGAACAGCGACAAAGAGCAGAUCGCCAAAGAUUACCGUGAGAAGAUCGAGUCCGAGCUGCAGUCCAUCUGCAAUGAUGUGCUGCAUCUUUUGGAAAAGUUCCUGAUCCGUACCUCGUCUCCGGCCGAGAGUCAGGUGUUCUACCUGAAGAUGAAAGGAGAUUAUUAUCGCUACCUGGCCGAGGUUGCCGUGGGAGACAACAAAACCAGCAUCGUGGAUAAAUCCAGGGAGGCGUAUCAGGCUGCGUUUGACAUCAGCACAGAGAACAUGCAGCCCACUCACCCCAUCCGCCUCGGCCUGGCGCUAAACUUCUCCGUCUUCUACUACGAGAUCCUCGGCUCCCGCGAACAGGCCUGCGAACUCGCCAAGAAGGCAUUUGAUGACGCGAUCUCUGAGCUCGACCAGCUGACUGAGGACUCGUACAAAGACAGCACGCUGAUCAUGCAGCUGCUCCGAGACAACCUGACACUGUGGACUUCAGACACUCAGGGAGACAGAGGAGAGACAGGAGAACUAAACAGCAAAAAAAACAAAAAUUCAAAAAAAGAAAAACUGCUGAGCGCCUGAUACACACUCUCUGCUCCUCUGCACCAGCCUCUCCUGUGUGUGUGUGUGUGUGUGUGUGUGUGUGUGUGUGUGUGUGUGUGUGUGUGUGUGUGUGUGUGUGUGUAAUAAGGAGGGUGGUUCAUUUAGAGAUUUGAUCAUUCCUUGGGGCACAAAAUAGAGGGAGGGAUCAUUUUUAAUAAACUGUGUGUGUGUUUGUGUGUGUUUGUGUGUGUGUGUGUGUGUGUGUGUGUGUGUGUGUGUGUGUGUGUGUGUGUGUGUGUGUGAGAGAGACAGAGAGAGAAAAGAAAGAGCGAGAGGUUUUGCUGAGGUUCAGUGAGAUUCACACUGAGAUCAGACUCCAGUCUGAUCCGAUACACUGAUAUUACAUUGUAUUGUGAUUAUUGCCAAACCUCCUACAUAUUAUUGUAAUAAUUGAUUUAAGUCUUUUCACAGACGAUCUUUUCUGCUGAUGAAAUUACUACCUUCUGAUAUUUGGUUAUUUCCACUCACCCAUCCAUGAGCUUUUUAGUUAUCUGAAAACUGUAAUCUUUUUUCUUCUCAGUCGUUGGUUUUGAGUCGCAGGUGUGUUUCAGGCCUCAGUUUCCAGUGAGAAUCAGUUUUAAAUGAUGGGUUCGACGUGUUGAUGUGUGCAGAUAAAACUCAUAGCUUUAUUAUGUAAUAUUCCCAUGAGACCAUUUUCAGGGGUUAAAUAUUUAGGUCUGCGGUAAACGUCUACAUUCGGUUUCUUUUCUAAUUUGAUAACGCAUCUGUUUUGUGUUUGAUGUGAAAUAUCACAACUGAUAUAGAUUUGUACUUUACUCUGGAGCUGUGGAGAAAGCAGCACUAAUCACCCCGGCGUCCGACUCCACAGCUGUCUGCGCUACACUAGUGUUGAGGGCUGAGGGCUUUCAUUGUCGUCUUGUGAGUGAGUGUGUGCGUGCAUGAGAGUGAGCGAGUGUGUGUGCGUGCAUGAGAGUGAGCGGGUGUGUGUGCGUGCAUGAGAGUGAGCGAGUGUGCGUGCGUGCAUGAGAGUGAGCGAGUGUGUGUGCGUGCACGAGAGUGAGCGGGUGUGUGUGCGUGCAUGAGAGUGAGCGAGUGUGCGUGCGUGCAUGAGAGUGAGCGAGUGUGCGUGCGUGCAUGAGAGUGAGCGAGUGUGCGUGCGUGCAUGAGAGUGAGCGAGUGUGCGUGCGUGCAUGAGAGUGAGCGAGUGUGUGUGCGUGCAUGAGAGUGAGCGAGUGUGUGUGCGUGCAUGAGAGUGAGCGAGUGUGUGUGUGCGAGUGUGUGCGCGCGUGAGAGUGCUUGUGUGUGUGUGCUUGUGCGCACGUGUGCUUGUGUGUGCAUGCUUGUGUGCGCACGUGUGUGUGCUUGUGCACGUGUGUGUGGGGCUCAGGUCUGUUAAACAGGGUAACUUUACAUCACCUGUGUUUGAUCCAGCUGUGUUUCUGUAGCACACCUCAGCGUGUUAAGUCUUACUGAUACUGUUAGUGCUAAUGAUGUGGGACGGGUUCAGUUCAGCCAAAUAAAGAACACAACAAACACAAA